AUGGCCUAUGGCCACAUCUUCGCCUCGUGCAGUGCAAGAAAAUGCAGAUUUUGUGGAUCUGGGGAGCACGAGGCGAAGGAUUGUGACGAGCCUAAGAGGCGUGCCAUGGGUGUGGCUCGUUAUCACACCUGUGGCGGGGGUGUCCGGCCGUCAGAGGUCAUACGCGUCUGUGGCUGGGGGAGCAGGAGCGGGGGAUGGGGGAAGAAGAGGAGCUGCAGCGCUGGGGAGAGGGAGGAUUGUGGGGGUAGAGAGUUGCUGCAGGGCACUCCGGAGCCAAACACUAUUCCUGCAUCCUGGGUUGGUGUGAUGGAGGAAGAGUGGGGGAUGUCGGGAGUUACGGAUGGUGUUCUCACCGGUAGAUAUGGAGCAGGGGAGCAUCGGCAAGGCACCUCAAAGACUCCCUUGGGUUUUGGAAUGGGAGGCUUCCAGGCCCUACUCAGGGAGGACCCAAAGGGACGUGGUGGCUACCUCCAUCCUCCUGCUAUGUUCUCCCUGGGGGCUGACAGGGGGACAUUGUUUUAUGCACGUCAGCCUCCAUUUUGCAGGCGCUGUAUGGCCUAUGGCCACAUCUUCGCCUCGUGCAGCGCAAGAAAAUGCAGAUUUUGUCGAUCUGGGGAGCACGAGGCGAAGGAUUGUGACGAGCCUAAGGCGUGCCAUCGGUGUGGCUCGUUAUCACACCUGUGGCGGGGGUGUCCGGCUCGUCAGAGGUCAUACGCGUCUGUGGCUGGGGGGGAGCAGGAGCGGGGGAUGGGGGAAGAAGAGGAGGUGAAGGAAGAAUGCCUCAUGACUAGAGUACAGGUCCAGAGGGGAGGGUCGCAAGGAAGGAGGAGGAGCAAGAAGUGGCGGAUGGAAGAGAGAAGGAAACAGAAGACACAGGAGUAG